GGCCCAUAUCAUCAAGGUCGACGUGACCGCCCUUCCAUCGCGGUCCCUCAGCAAAGUAGAGAUGCUGUGCCUGUCUCUAGCCAGCGUUGGCGGCCUCGCGCUCGCUGGACCGCACCGGCAACUACCACGUGCACGGCAUCAGGCACGGAAGCCAACCGCAGCAGCAGCCAGCCAGCCAGCACCACUUACCGGCAGCGAUGCGCCCGCAGUGCAGCAGGCGCCACCCAGCUCAGCGGCGGUGCGGCGGCGAGCAGCGCUCGCCUCGGCGCUGGCGGCAGCCGUCGCUCCUUGGCUGCUGUCGGGCGCAGCCCACGCGGACAAUGACGCCGUCAAGGCGGGGCUGAGCAAGUAUGUGAAGAAGAAGAAGCUGGAGCGCAUCGACACGUACAUCGCGCCGCUGCUGGAGGCCAAGGGACAGCUGGUCCGCGUGGGGCGCGUCAUGCUGCAAGACCCGGCGGCUGCGCGGCAGCUGCUGCGCAGCGGCGUGUUUGCGGGGCUGCGGGACAACGUCAGGUCUGUGGGCGAGUAUGCUUCGCAGCGCAGCAAUGAUGAGUCGGGGCGGGAGCUUGUGCGCGGGUUCUUCGAUGAGUUGGAGGGCUUUGACUCGGCGCUCAGACAGGCGCAGCAGCGCGAGGGCGAGGGGCUGGAGGAGGCGCGGAAGCGGCUGGAUGGCACGGUGGUGGCGCUGGACAAGCUUCUGGCCACGGUGCCGGAGACGGAGAUGCAGAAGGCGCAGCGAGUGGUGGAGGCAAUUGAGCUGCUGGACGGCGAGGCCGGCGCGGAGGAAACGGCGGCGAGCCAGCUGGACAAGCUGCUUUGACCAGCGUCCCGGGUGGGGCGCUGUACUUGGCCUGCGGCCCAGCUGCAACAGUUUUCAUCGCACUUCUGAUCCUUUCAUUGAAAUGAGUCGAAGCAGGCCGGCAGCCAUGUUCAGCGGCGGUACCCGCCACGCUGCCACGCUGUCGUGUACCUGACAAACCCCUGCUCAUCGCUGCGCUCCUCCUGUGAAAUCACGUGUACCAA